GUCCUUGUGUUUGGGGCCCCUGCCACAUAACAGCAGAAGGGAGUGGCAACUCAGGAGUGGAAUUUCACUUCCUGUAUCUCUCUCAGGUGACUCACCUGAGUCAUGUCGUAGAUAGCUCAGCUUUUCGUCGACUGCGAACUGUGAAAUCUGGGGCGUAAGAAUCAGAGUUGAACGGGGGCAGAUUCGUGAGGACGUUUUUGAUCCAGUUUUGGUGCUGAACAGGAAGUCAGGACCUGCUUUCUUAACAUUUAACUGAAGGUUGAUCUGUGAGGAGCAAUAGAAAGGCAGUGUCGGGGGGCCUAAACACACUUGGAAUAAGUUAACUUUUUAUUUUAUUUUAUUUAUUUUUUACAUUUUACGCUAAACUUCGACUUACCUGAUCGUCCUUUCUGGUGCUUUUCUUGAUUUCUUGGCGGUGAGAAUAAAAACAGGACUUUUGAAAUGUUUCCCCACCUUAAAGGACAACAUGGAGCGCCAGUACUGCUCCUUUUAUUGCUUUUAGUCUCCACUUCAGGCCAGGAGGUCGGAGAGGAAUGCCUGGCCCAGUUUAAACCAGGCCAGGAGGAUUUUAUUCUCGAUGCUGACGAGUCUGUGAAAGACGGAGCCACCUUUCUUUCGUCGCCGAAACUGGAUCGAUACAAAGACUGCGUGAGCGCGUGCUGCAAAGAGCCGCGGUGCAAUGUCGCCUUCGUGGAGAGAGGCGCAGAGGAGGGCUCGGUCAAAUCCUGCUUUCUCUUUGACUGUCUCUACAAAAAGAAAUACGUCUGCCGCUUUGUUAGGAAAAAGGGAUACCUGAACUACAUCCUGGACUCUGUUUAUGAGAGUUAUCUACAAGUGGAUGUCCCUCCAAGUAAGACAAUAACUUUCCAUACAUACAACAUGACAUGAAGUUAAUUUGCAUCUUUUUAUCCAUUGAUAGUCUGCAGGGUAUCCAUCAAACAGUUUUACCCCCCUGCUGAUAAGGGAGGGACUGUUUAUCUGGGAAAACACUGUGGUUUGGAUUACUCCAUGAUUAAAUCAUAGCCUACAUUGUUGAGAAAUACUUUUAAAAAAGUUUGUUUUCUUCUCUUUAGGACACUCAUUCAAAUAGUUCAAUGAAUCAUUGCACUCAUAGGCUAAGGCAAUUAAGUAUUCCUUCAUGCUUUUGUGGUUUGUGGUAAAACACAGUUUGUAAUCUGAAGAUGUAAGCGCCCCAGAUUGAGGCCAAAAACCUCCAUUACAUGUCCACACAUGCUGGACUAUUAUGACCCCCUGGUUCAGGUUUCUAACUCCCUCCCUGCCUCUUCAGGAGCACAGGUUGUUUGGCUGUCAUUUUUACAACCAGUUCAGCGUACCUUUGUUUAAAAUACACUUAUACCAUAUUUAUUCCAGAUGAUUCGGACCGUCCACCCAUUGCAAACGGAGGCCAGGAUCGUGUGGUUCAGCCCCAGGACACAGUUACUCUGAAUGGUAUAAAGAGCAAAGAUGACCAGGGAAUUGAAUCCUACCAGUGGCAAAUGCUCACUGGAUACCCAUAUGCUGUCAUUGAGGUGGGUAUAGAGAUGUUAUAGUGCCAAAACCUUUUGUAGGAUUUUGCUUCGGGGAAAUUCUGUAAAAUGUCUCUUUAAUCUCUACAUCCAAACUCUAUUUUUCAGAAUUGCAGUUUGUGGAUACUAACUAAAUGCUGUCUUUGUACCUUUUUAGAAAACCGCCUUUGAUGACCAGAUUAUCGUCUCCAAUCUUACAUCUGGGGUGUACAAGUUCCAGCUGACAGUCACAGAUACUAGCGGCCAGUCUGAUUCCACAAAAGUCACCGUCCUGGUCCUGACCCCUGAGCAGUCUGAGCGUAAGUUGGCAACAUCAUUUCCUCAGUUAAACCACGUUAUACACCUUUAUUUUCUAGCAUACGCCGCACAGAAAUCCUUUUAUUCUUCUGCCAAAAUUAUUUUAUAAUCAGACCCAAGAUUAUAUCUGAAAUGACUUCUAAUAUCUACGUUAUUUACUGCACAUUGGUAAGUUUCUCUACAAACACAGACUCAGAGAGCAGAACAUGUCAGGAGAAUUGGUUGAGUUUCAAGGGUAAAUAUGAGUCAUGUGUCCACUGUAUGCACUGACAUUUCUGUGGGCUUAUUCAGUCACCUGCCUUGUGUUUAGUGUUGAGACCCAAAUGAAAGAACAUAACGUCCACACUUUGUGUUGUUUGAUGACAACUUAAAAGAGCAUGAAUCUUUUUCCAAGUUUCAUGGAACUCACCCCAUUGUUCAGAAUUCGCCAUCAGAGCGAGCUCUUCCAUGUUAGUUGUGAUCAAACCUGUUGAGACAUGCUCCUCUUAAUUCCUGUGGACUGAAUGAUGAAACAGUGGUGAGAUCGACAGAUAAAAGCUCAUGUUAUAAGAUUAGAGCAGAUUCUCCGUUACGGUAAGGGUGAAACUCUUAAGAAAUAUGGAACUAGAUGUCUCUUUUCUUUGUCAUGGAGAAGUGGUUUGAUAAACUUUUUCUGUCACGUUCAGUAUUAGUCACUUCCAUAAAAAACCACACAGAGAGUUGCGAUGACGCUCCCUCAAUAUUAAACGUUUACGUCUGGAGUUUCUUUAGAAAACGGAAGUGGGUAGUGCAUUUUUUUUUUUUUUAACUACCAUCCCACUCUCUCCUCCCCCGACUCAAAACCUGUCAGUCUGGUUUCAGCCUGAGUUGCACAAACAAGACGACAAAUCACCGCCAUGAUCCUCCUCUGUUUUGAUUAAAAGUCUUUAUGUUUUAUUGUUUAUUUUUUGUUCAUUAUGGUUUUGUUUUCAGGUGUAAUAUAGAACCAAAAAGACUUUAAACAUCUCUGUGGCUCAGUUACUUAUUAACACUUGUGCUCUGAAUAGUGUCAGGAAUGUGUUUCAAUGAAAGGGGCAUGGCAGUGACUUUACAUGUCUGUGCUGCCGCAUUUCCACUACAAUAAUGAAUGGAUAGAGUAACAACAGAACCCAUUUGUAAAUGAGAAUCAAUGGUGAUAGCAUGAGAACUUGGUAACAACAGGUGUCUCUUGUUUAUCACUGGACAUCUUUGUUAAGUCUUAGAGUGUAUGUGGUUUACACAAGCUCUUUAGAGUAUGUAUCAUCAACCACAAGCAGACAGUUCACAUGGUCUUAUUCAUUUUUUCUGUCUGUGAAAAAGCAUCUUCUCAGCUGCAUAUCUCUUUAUCGGACCACUUUGGGUUAAUUGUGUGUCUGUCUGCUCACAGAUCAGACAGCAAAAGGAGGAAGUCUAAAAAAAAUCUACAAAAGAAAGACUUCACCACUUCUGGUUUCAGAUAUCAGAAAGCACUAAUAAUGGCUAUUCUUUUUUAGGCAACAAGUGUAGCACUGUGAAGUGUCUUGUGAAGUUAUCUGGUGCUUUUUGCCUUGGUAUUUCAAACAGACCAGUGAGAGAGAUUAUUUUUUACAGAAUAAAUGAUAAGCUAUAACUAGAUUUAACUAUUGGGAUUUAAAAAAAAAAAGAGCCAUUCAACAUGUGUGUUUUUUGCUUUCCUAACUAAGUACAUGAUAUCACUGUGUCUGGAAAAAAAGGGAAUCAUUCACUCUCAGACAGAGAGUGCACUGUGAAUCCAUGUGAGUAAAUCGGUAAAAAGGCACUUUGAGGUGUUGUUUGAACCUGAUAUGGAAACAAAGCUUGUGUAGUGAAUGUUGAAAUGUGUUAAAAGCUUCCUGGGGGCUCUUUUGGUAUGAUCUUGGCAACCAUUGGGAGCAACCUGCCUUAUUUUGCUAUUUUGUCCUGCUCCUACAUGCCUAAGUAGUUUUAUUCCAAAGAAAGAUCUUAUCCUGCUUUCCUUUUACCGGUAGUCUUUGACACAAAAGAAAGAAAAGGGAUAUUUGGGAAGCAUUUCUGUUAUCAUUUCAGGGUGACGGUGAUAACAGGCAUUUGGAAAUUCAACUUCCUAGAGAUUUCCAUGCUUGUUGCUGAUAAUCUUGUUUGCUCUUGAAGGUCAUAUAGAGACGUCAGCAUUCAUAUAUAACCAGCUGAAAACACCUCCCAGAAUCUUUGACGUUUAUUCCACACAAGUUUUAAAUUCUCCAAGAUGAAUUGUUUCUUUCAGUGUAGCAUAAAGUUCCACAGUGAUAAUAUUACAUACAAAGAAUACAUUCACAUAACAAAAUUAACACAGAUGUUCUGUGAGUAUAAGAAAAAAGGUGAAAUUAACGGUGCUAUUUUUUCUCACUAGACCACUGUAUGGCUCCUAUGAAGAUCGGACCAUGUCGUGGUUCCUUUCCUCGCUGGCAUUACAACGCUGCAUCAGAGAAGUGUGAGGAGUUCAUGUUUGGAGGCUGCAGGGAGAAUCUAAACAACUAUCUCAACAAGGAUGAGUGCACAAACGCCUGCUAUGGCUCAGGUAUCUUUGCCCCAUGCUUUUCUUGUCAGUUUCAGAGUUUUCAAUGGUAUUGUGUUUUUACUAGCACAGUAUUUUACAAUAUUUACAUUUUAAAAUAUUUUCUCAUGAAUAAUACCAGCACGUAUGCUCGAAAAUUGAUCAUUAAGCAGUCAAGAUAACAGGGCAUUUUAGUUGUGUGACGUGUUUUAUUCGGCUGUGUCAGCUUUUCCAGCUUACAUAAGUCAGUUGAAAAGCUGGCUCUGUGAUAAAAUCUCACAGCCAGCAUCUCUCAAACUUUCUGAUGAAAAUGUAAUCUUAUUUGUUCAAUCCACGCAAACCUUUAUUGAAAUAAGAUUAAAUUGACGAUGACACACAUGACUUGUACCUCCUCACGGGAAGGUUCCUCCUCUGGAGUUGCUUCUUGUUUCCCUGUAAACAUAAAGUUAUCUUGGUAAACAUUUCAUUGAGCAGCAAACAUAAUUAUAAUCCUAUUUUGUCGUUGUCUUUUUGAUUUAGGAACAAAUGGUAAAUCUGGUCGAGGUUUGCCUAUUCCUGGAGACCAAGGUAGGUGAAUACUCUUCAGUGUUGUACUUCUCAACACACUUUCUUUUAUAGACUCCACAGGACAACCCUACCUGUUUUUAGGUGUAGAUGUGUUAAUCCACAAGAUAAGUUCUUUAACUGAUGAGGAAACUACUCUCCCAGUGUGCGCACUUGUGCUCAGACUCAGACUCAUAGCAAAUCCAACCAAAGGCUUUUAAAGAAAUUUUAAUAAACAACCACAUAUAUACGAUUACAAGGAUUAUCAACAGGGUAAAAAGUAAAUCAAAAAUAAGUCACAAUCCUUGGAUUUAGAGUUUUAAACCAUUAGUUUUUUAAACCCUAAAUUUAAACCCUUUUCUCCUAAUCCUCUUUUGGGUAAUUUAUAACACAUCUGUUUCUGUGCCUCAUGCUGUUUGCCAUCCUCAGUGUACUUAUGAUAAGCUGUCUCGUAAGCAUUGUACGUGGUUCACCUCUCCUCCUAGGCUGCCACUGCUACCUACUUCCCUUUUGCCCAUGUAGUCAGUCUUUUACUAGCAGGAGGACUGAGGCAGGGAGAUGUGUGAAUACAGCCAACUGACUUGUAGGUCUGCAAAAGAGAGGGAUCCUUAACUGCAUGGUUUUUGACAACUUUUUACACCCUGUCGACUUUACGCUUAGUGACCACAGUCGACAGACUCUCCAACUUGUUAUCAGCUGUAAAAUAAAAACACAUAGUAAGUGUGAGGACAAAAAAACGACAUACAAAACGACAUUCCUACACCAGCUACACUUUUUUCUCUUUCAAAAGUGUCCACAUAUGGAUUUUCUUAUAACAGAAAAUUUACCACAUGUUGAACCAAAACAUGUUAUAAAUUAAACAAUUGCAUGUAUCUCAGUGCUUGCAACAAAUUACGUCAAAUAAUGCAUUUGAACAAGCCGACUAUAAAAAAUCUAGAGUAAUAUGAGCCUGUUAAUAAAUUAAAUCUAACAUGGUUUGUUAUGUCCUAGUUUUGUUGUCAUCUCUUACAAAAAUAGUAUUCCUUGUUCCUAUUUAAACCUGUAAGUGCAGAUUGUUUUUGCUACCGGUAGGCAGAGGAUUCACCGCUCAGUUUUAUAGGAUUAAUGGUCUGAAGUGUUGAUAUACAUCCAUCAGUUACACUGCAUCAUUAUGAUUCAUUUGGUUGUACCAUUUUGCAUCCUUGUUACAUAUUAUCCCAGUGUUCAUCCUCUUUUAGUUCUGCAUCUUUAUCUAUAACCACCACAGUGUAGGGAAAUUUAGGACUUGUCAGUUGGUAAAUGCACUAGUGUAUGAUUGCUAAUGACCAACUGUGUGUACUAAUUUUACCCAGUAGGUAGUGGGUUGUGUAUUUUGAAGAAUAUUGCUGAAAAAUAAAGCUAAAAAAGCAAAGAAAACAUAAGUAAAUUCACAUAAAAGACCAAAAAGCAGUCAUAGAGAUUCUGAUUUAAGCGAUAAUUCAGUGUGAGUUCCUCACAGAAAGUGAUCCUUUAUUUUUACACUUGAAGCAUCUUUCUUCCAGCAACACUUCAUGUGGUCAGUGAGUUAUAAUUUCCCCUUUCUUGUGCCCUACAGGAGAAAAAUGUGGAGCUCCAUGUACCACAGAGCAGUUCACCUGUGAUAAUGGCUGCUGUCUGGAUCCUGGCCUGGAGUGUGACUCAAGCCCACAGUGCAGUGACGGCUCAGAUGAGCAAAAAUGCGAGGACUGUAAGCAGUGGCUAUGCAAACUAGAACUCAUUUUCAUAUAGGCUCAUGAAAUAAUAAAUCCAGCAUUGAUAUGGUACUGAUAAAUGUUUCCUUGGAAGAGACGCUAACUUAAAACAUGCUCUGUGUGUCUGUUAGUGGACAACAAGUUUCGUAUCCUGUUGCAGAUUCCAGUGAACGAACAAAAAGGUAUUUAUAAACGCAACCUUGUUUUUGCUCUUGUUAUCUUUAAUUCGCCGCUAUAAUUGAACGUGCUCUUGCCAUCUCUCACCCUCCGCUACCGACUCACUCAGUCUGUUCAUCUAUGUGGUUUUCAGUGCGCUGUACAGAGUUUCCUGACACAGGAACCUGCCGACACGCUUUGACCAAAUGGUACUACAACCCCGUGCAACAAACCUGUUACCGCUUCAACUACGGUGGCUGCCAAGGAAAUGAGAACAGAUUCGACACGAAAGACUCCUGUAUGAAAGUUUGCCGAGGAGUAACAGGUGGGUUUUAUUCAUGUUGAGUGAGCUUUUUACUGAUGAAUAGACCUCAGAAGUAUAAAUAUGUUUAUAUCUGAUUCACUUGGGCUUACAUGAUAUAAAAUCACACAUUAGCAUAUAAAUAUCUGUUCUUGUUUUCUUUUUGUCAUAUUUGGAUAUUUUCAAGAUAUAGAAGGAUGUCUUUUCUACUUAAGACCAAAUAGUCUCUCAUCACCCCAAAAUGUAGAUCCCUUCACUGCCUCUCCAUUGCUUUUACAACAUAGUUUGAAAUUCUUACUUUUAAAUAAACAUGUUUGGACAAGCAUUUUGUAUUUUAGCCUUGCCUGUGUUUUGAUUGUUCAUGGCUCUUGGGAAUCAGUGAAUCAGUCAAUUGCUAUGGCUCUUAAGACCAUCUCACCACUCAUUUCUGAAAACUUUUUCAGUUUUACAUAUCACUGUCUGUUAAAAUCAUUAUAUGUAUGCAUUUUACUAACUUGCUUUACUAAUAUUAACCCAUAUUAUCACUGAACUUGACAGGUUCCCUCAGUCCAUAAUAUUUUGACUUAACAAUGCUUAAUAAUUCAUUUUGGAUUUGUUACCCUUCUCUAAAUGCAGGCCAACAGUGCAACGUGACAGUGGGAAUAACUCUUCAGUUGUUUUAUGAUGUUUGACUUGAAAGUUGAGGCUGAAAAAAAUGUUGCGUAGAGAGAAGUGGUUCUACCAGACCUCUUUAACCCAAUUCUGAUCUUUGCCAAAGGCACAGAGCUACAUCAGCUGCAAACACGUCUGUGUCUUGCUGCAGUCUGGGACUCAAAAGUAAUUUCAUGAUUCAAAAUAAGAGACAAUCGAAUAUGUAGAGGUUUCAGAGUAUCAGUAGCUGCACAAUGUUACAGGAGUUUGAUGCUGUGCUGUGAGGAGGAAACUGGUGUUUGGUGAAAUUAAUGUCAGAGAUAUGCUUACACCUACUUCUGCUGCUCCCAAGUGGCCAAACAAGUUAUUGCAGAAUUAAAAUGACCUCCUAGCAAAGUGAGGUUGUUUGCUAUUUGCAUGUUUUAUAAAUGUUAUGUACCUUUUUUGUUUUUGUUACAGAGCAGGAUGUGUUUGCAAGAAAGAACGAAUUUGACAGACAGAUUUCUGAAAGCCAGACAGGUAUGUUACUCUUCAUCUUUUAAGUUUAGACAUAAAAAAGUACUAUUACUCUAUUAUAAGCAAAAUUUAUUUACUUAAAUGUUAAACCUCCAAAUAUUUAACUUUUUAAUAAGAUGUUUUAUUGGUUUGUCAGGAAUUGUAGCGAUAGCUGCUCUCCUUGGUCUGGCCAUCCUCAUCCUACUGGGCAUUCUUGUCUACUGCCUCGUAAAGGGAAAGAAGAAAUCUCCACAACACCAGCGAGUGGCGGUCAAUAACGCCCCGGUCAGCUUUGAGGACAGAGAGCGUCUGGUCUACAACAGCACCACCAAGCCCAUCUGACCCUUUAGUCCUGACCUCUGACCCCGUCCUGCUGUGUUGCACCACUGAACAAACUCAGAUUGAUGAGAGAGGAAACUGUGUUGACUUUUUUAUUUUGUCCAUAGAUGCAUUUUUUUAGGGUGAAAUACACAGAAGACCAAGUGCCUUCAAGAAUGAAAUGUGAUUUAAGAUUUGACUUUUAGCUUGUUUGAAAUGCAUGGACCUGUUCAAAAGAGCUGUUGGGUGAACUCAGGUUAAAAGAGAAGGAUUUUCAGUUGUGCAGAGGUAGAUGACCACUGGAUAUCAGACACGUUUUUCCUGUUGUGUCUGAUUAAACUUCUAGUUUUCUUCUUGUUAUGUUCUUAUGUCAGACCUUAAAUGGUGUACAGCUCCACAUUAGUCUGUUACUUAAAGUAAAAGUCAGCUUCCAAUGCUGUCUCUUCACACAGAGCUUUGGAAACAUGUGGAUGUAAAUGUCAUAAGGACUAUCUCUUCAACUUCCUGAAAUCCUGCAAUGUCAGCUUUUCCACUUUGUCCCUCUUAGUUUUUAUUUUUUUUAAUCCCGUUUGACUCCAAUGUUACAAUGGAUUACACACAAACACAUCCUCAGUGUUGUACAUAAUCAUAGAAUUGUGAGAAAGUAAUAUUUUUCACAAGAAGCUUAUUUUGUUGUGAUUUUUCCAGAAGUGUUUUUAGAACAAGCAUAGUACAUAGAUUCAUUGAUGCUUAAGGAAACAUAAAGCAGUUGUGUUGUUGAAUAUUCAACAUUUUAAACUUUGUACAUAUGACCUGAUGUAGGUUUUCCUUUAACAAUGGCAAUAUUGUGAUGUUUGUAUGAAAUAAAAUAUAUACUCAAAAAAACUUGAGAUUAUUUAUCUCAUGAAAGAAGUCUGCUGUAUAAAAAAAUAAAAUAAAAAAAAUGAGUGACUACUCUGCUAACUCUGCCAAACA